UCUACCUCGAGUCUUCGCCGACUUCAUCGAGUUCUGUACGACCUCGACACCUUCGCAGCUCGGCUAUGGCCGGGGUCGAGCAGGGCUCUUGGACUGAAAAUAUAUUGGAUUAUUUUCUGAAUACUAAGCAAAUUAAAAUAAGAGAUGGAGCUGAAAUCCUGUGGUAUCACGCAGCAAACAGUAAAUUACAAAUAACAGAGGCAAUACAAAGUACAGCCCACAUGAUAGAGGGAGAUAUCCUUCUUUGUGGAGGAAAUGGCAGUGGUGAACCAAUCAUGGCUCAUCCACCUGAAACCAACAGUGAUAUUACACUGAAGGAGUGGCUAAAGGAGGUUACAAACACUAGCAAGGGUAUCAAGCUUGAUUUUAAAAGUCUAGCAUCUGUGAAUUCUUCAAUGAAGCUUCUUGGGGAUAUAGAAUUCAGGAAACCUGUUUGGAUUAAUGCAGAUAUUCUUCCUGGACCAAAUGGAAGUAAUUGCACAGUAGAUGCAAAGGCUUUUCUGGACACUGUAACAUCAAAUUUUCCAAAUGUAACUUUAUCACUGGGAUGGACAACUGGGUGGAUUAAUCUAAGAUGCAAUACAGGGUACAGUUCAAUAAUGAUGCAAGAAAUGGCAGCUAUUUGUAGAGAUCUUAUUCAGCCAAUAACAUUCCCUGUAAGAGCUGCUUUGGUGCGCCAGUCAAUAUCUGAACUUCAGUGGUUAUUACAACAAUCAAAUAGAUACACCUUGACCAUUUGGACAGGAAAAUGUGAUGACUAUUCUGUAGAAGAUCUACUCUUCAUCAGAAACUGUUUUGAUAAAACUCGAAUUUUUUAUGAUAUCUUAGAACCACAAAAGUCUGAAUUCAGAAAGGCAAUAGGACUGGAAAUCCCUCCAUGAAGAAAGCAGACCAUAGCAUCAUAUUAUUGCCUAUAGAAAAGGCACUAUUGAAGGUUUAACCAGAACAGUUAUUGUGAAGGCACAUGUCUUCCUUUAAAAAAUGUAUCUGUCCCCCUUUUAGGCUUUCAUAUUGUUAAAAAUACUUUCUCUAGAGAUUCUAUGGACUUCAUUCCUCUUAGCUACAGUUUGAAAUCCCGCGUCUUUGUUAUCCCUUAUAUAUACAGCAUCCGCAUUUUAAAAUGAUGAUAAUGCCACGGUACAUAUAGCUACCACUACAUGCUAUUAUAUUUCAUAUUUAAAACAGUAUUUUCUCAGAAACUGCUUCCGUUCUCCCUUAACAUACUGAUAUUUACUGACUGACGUCUUAAUAAUUUGAUCCUAGAAAAGUUUCAUCAAGAAUCCAACAACUUCAUUGUAAUAUUUGAUUCUAGAGGUCCCUUCCAACUCUGUUUCUAUGAUUCUAAUAUUAAAAUAAAACAAUUAGUCUGUGCAA